CCGCGGCCCCGGCGCGCCGCGCCCCCCCCUCCCACACACCCCCCCACCCACACCCACACCCACACCCACACCCACACCCACACCCACACCCACACCCACACCCGCACCCACACCCACACCCACACACCCACACUCAUGCCCACACCCACAUCCACACCCACCAGGGCUGCCAUAUGUACCCCAUUUGGGCAUUUUGUACCCCCAAAAAAUUUGUACCCCUGAGGUACGUAUUUUGUACCCCAUUUGGAUUUUCGAGCUUCUGCUUUCAUGAACUGACCUCUGGUCAAAGUGAAUCAUGUUUUUCGAAAGAAUUUAUUAUUAUUUUUAUCGAGUUAUUUGCAAUGGACGAUAUUAACAUGAAGAAUCGAUUAAUGAUUAUUGGCAUACAUUGCAUCCUAUUAGUUUUAUCUUAGGUUUCUCGGUUUCCGGAUCAAAAUAAAGUUAGCUACGGAUAUCUGACAAAUCUGAGCUGUAUGAGUCGAAAGAACUGAAUCAUGAAAACUGCUGCAUAACACAUUCACGAAUUCAAUGUGUUGACCGCUUCUUUUUGUAUGAAUUUUGUGCACUGAUCAGUUCUUUCUUCAUCAAUUGGUUAGAUAAUUCCCAUAAAUUAGAUUUUUAAACAACUUAUUUUAUCGCUUUAUGGAUCUCUUCAACUACCAUCCGGCUCAAUUUGUGCAGUUUAACUUAUGUAAUCUGAAAAAGACCUGUGAAAACCUACCUUCUAGAAUAAAUUGAGUUAUGAAAUAAACCCAGUUCGGUUCAAAAACACUGAUCACUCUCCUAUCUCGUAUAUAACGGGAGCUGGAUUAUUGAUACCAGUUCAUUUAGUUGAUGUGGAAUUGUCGUACACCUAGCUCUAGAUAUUGUGAUUCAUUUCGUUAUUUUCUAUUUUCUAUAUCGUAUUUGACCAACAUAUUAUAAUGUUAUUUACACAAUAAGUUUAUUUAAACGUAUUUGUAGCGUAGAAAACUCUAACUAUCCCAAACAAACUUGUCCUGAUUGAAUUGAUUAUUUAGCAUGACGUAAUGAAAGAUUUUGUAUUAUUUUCUAUGAUAGCAUUGUUUUUGAUGGUAUAAGUUAACUAUAAAAAUAUUCUUUGUGAAAAGUCAAUAAUAAAAUUGAUUUGUAAUAUUAAAAAUUUCAAAAUAAUGUCGUCUGUUAGAAAGGAGGUUCCUUUUAACAGUUUUUCUCGGCUAACCUGCUCUCUUGAAAAGAAAAAGAUGUACCUCACCGACGUACCCCAUUGUAGAAAAAAUUGUACCUCAAUUGUACCCCAUUUCAUAUCUCUUGUACCCCAUUUGAAAAUUAGGAUAUGGCAGCCCUGACACCCACACACCCACACCCACAGUCACACCCCCACAUCCAAACCCACACCCACACCCCACCCACUCAAGAUAUUUUUUGAAAUUACCAAAGUGCCUUUAUAAAUUAAAGAAGUUCUAAAAACAGCUACGAAAAAAAUCUACUGCAAAUAAUAUUUCUUUUUGUUAUUGUCAACAAAUGACUACCUAUAUACUGAUGAAAGAGCAUAUUUUAAUAGAAGAAAUGCCAUGAUUUUAGUUAGUAGAAGGAAGCAAAUAAAUACCACUCAUUCGAUUAAAAUACAAAAAGAAUGGUGACUAGAAUAAAUUUGUUUUAUAGCGAAUCUAAUGCAUAGAAAAGUAUUGUUAAUGUUAUUUCAAUGUCUGAAAUUUUUGCUUUUAAGGGAACGAAAGAAAGAUUUUUAUUAUUUUUAACUUGAAAGACAUAUUUAGUAAGUGUUUGGUUAGAGAACAGGAAAAAAGGCAAUGCAUUUUGAAUAUUUCUUUCGCUCAUUGAGUGCACAGACACAAUGCGAUUUGCAGUAGCUUUAUUAUUCAGUCUCUUCUUUUCUUAUGUACAAGGUUUGCUAAUUUUUUUCUUUUUAUUUAAUUCUUUCAAUUGAAGAAUAAUAUUUAGGUCAAACUACAUCAGUAACUAAUUACUUUUGUAAUGAAAGCAAUGCCAUGGUCCAAUUUACAUUGACUUCAUUAUCUCACUCUGCAUGGGAACCAACAUUAAAUUGUUCUUUACAAACAUGUAAUAUAAGCUUAAAUGCUAGUAAUUGUCUUUCGUCAUUAACACCUUGCUUCGAUUAUCGUACUCUCACCAAUACUAGUUACUGUGCACCUGGUAUUUUAUGUUUUAUAUUGAAACCAUGUAACAAUAUUAAUUAUAGUUGUGCAUCAAAUACUUCUGUAUGUGUGGUAAACUCAUGUUGUUCACCACAAGCAGUAUGCUUACCGUUGUCAUGGACAGAUUUCUGUAAAUUAGGUAAAAAAUAUAUGUUAAUCAAAUUUCUGAAUCUAUAG